AUGUCUCAGUAUCUAUCAACCCUCAACAAAGAGAGUGACGAAUCGGAUCAUCUACAGUGCAUUCUUGUUGCAGGUCAACAUGUCUCUAACUACACGGCAGCCUGGCAGCCAGACGCCCAGAACAACGCCAAGUCCGUCUUCACCCAUGUGUUGACCAUGGUUCUUGAUAUCGGGGAUAAUACUCCCAACUCCCAAGAGCCUCCCCGUCUGAGCCCGGGCUCCUGGUACCAGCGAAUUCCAGUGGCGACGGCUGCAUUAUCCCCGAAUCACGACAGGCACACUACGAUUUCUCAGCUUUCCGGUACCCCAGAGAUCUCGGCAGCGAUGAUUGACCAGAGCGCGGCAAUCAAAGGCGUUGCGGCGGCCUUUCUGGCCGUCGCUAGCAUUGCGGUGAUGUUGCGCUGUUAUGUCUGUCUGCAUACCAUCAAGGCAUUUGGAUGGGAUGAUGCGCUUAUGAUCGCGUCUAUGCUGGUCUAUAUCAUGUUCUGCGGAUGCAUGAUAGGCGGCGCUAUCUGGGGCACUGGGGAACAUCUCAUCGACCUGGCUUCUAAGUAG